CUGCCUGCCAACCCAACAAACCCCUCCCGUCCCGAGUCCCGACCGCACUCAAAUGAUCAGUCCCCUCCCCCACCUCCGUGUCCAUUGCCCAGCUCCGCCACGCCUCUCGCGCCCGCCGCCCCAGCCCCAGCCCCACCCCCGCCCACGCUCAUCAGGGAGAGCGGGUCUGCUGGGUUGCGUACAGGCGAAAGGCACGCGCCGCCGCCGCUGCCGCGCGAGCCUCCCCGUCCCGGCCGCCGCCGCGCAGAUGGGCUCGUCGUCGGAGCCGCUGUCGAGGGGCCUGUACGCGCUGGUCGAGCCCUACGACUCCGGGUUCCUCAAGGUCUCCGAUGUCCACACCAUCUACUACGAGCAGUCCGGCAACCCCCAGGGCCAUCCGGUGGUGUUUCUCCACGGAGGUCCCGGAGCCGGCACGUCGCCCGGCAACAGGAGGUUCUUUGACCCGGAGUUCUACAGAAUCGUGCUGUUUGACCAGAGGGGUGCAGGCAGAAGCACUCCCCAUGCCUGUUUAGAGCAGAACACUACUUGGGACUUGGUAGCUGACAUUGAGAAGCUCAGGGAGCAUCUUGACAUCCCGGAAUGGCAGGUGUUUGGUGGUUCAUGGGGAAGCACCUUGGCACUUGCCUACAGCCAGGAGCACCCUGAUAAGGUCACUGGCCUUGUUCUGAGAGGAAUUUUCAUGCUUAGGAAAAAGGAGCUUGAUUGGUUCUACGAGGGUGGUGCAGCAGCCAUUUUCCCAGAUGCAUGGGAACCAUUUAGAGAUUUUAUUCCCGAGGAUGAAAGGAAUUGUUUCAUAGAUGCGUAUAACAAAAGGUUAACUUCAUCUGAUCCUAUUGUUCAGGUUGAAGCUGCUAAGCGCUGGACGAUGUGGGAGAUGAUGACUGCCCAUCUUAUCCAAAACAAUGAUAACAUUAAAAGAGGAGAAGAUGACAAGUUUUCACUGGCAUUUGCAAGGAUUGAAAAUCACUAUUUUGUGAAUAAGGGUUUUUUACCCUCCGACUCAUUCCUAUUGGACAAUGUUGACAAGAUCCGACAUAUUAAAGCUUUUAUUGUACAGGGCCGUUAUGAUGUUUGUUGCCCUAUGAUGUCGGCUUGGGAUCUUCAUAAGGCUUGGCCUGAAGCUGAAUUCAAGGUGGUACCGGAUGCAGGGCACUCGGCCAAUGAAGUAGGCAUCGCUGCCGAACUGAGGUCAGCCACCGAAAAGCUGAGGGACUUGUUGAGCAAAUGAGCCGGCGAAAGGCAAGUUGCACCUCUAUCGGAUGAUGAAAACGCUGAGGAUGGGAAUAAAUUACAUAGCUGCGAGCCUGAUUGUAAUGUGCCGUUAAACAAUGUCACUGUCAAAGAUCCCUUUCACAAUCAGAGCAGGCUUGACUCCAGGGUCUGAACUGCGUUGUUUGUUUGCUCGCUGGAGUGUUUUGAGGAAUUGAAAUUCCAAGCUUGGACCAAA